AUGCAGCUCUACAGCAGCGUCUGCGCCCGCCUCCCCGCCGCAGGCCCGGGCCCCGCGCCCGCCGCGCCCGCCGCGCCCGCCGCCGCCUUCACGGUCUCGCCGGAGCCCGCGCCCGCGGAGGGCCCGCCCGCCGCCGCCGCCGCCGCCAUGCCCGCGCUGUCCUCCUGCUUCGAGCUGGCGCCCGCCGGCCCCGCCGCGCCCUGCAGGCCGCCGCCGCGCUUCACGUCCGCGGCGCAGGUCCCCGUGCGCGGCCCGGGCGCCGCCCGCCCGCCGCGGCCCAGCCCCGAGCCCGCCGGCGCGGACGCCGAGCCCCGCGACGAGAAGCUGGCGCUGCACCUGGCCGAGGUGGACAGGCAGGACAGGUACCUGCGGCAGCGCGACAGGUUCCGCUUCCACAUCGUCCCCGACGGCAACUGCCUGUACCGCGCCGUGAGCAGGGCGGUGCGCGGCGACCAGGCCCUGCACCGCGAGCUGCGCGAGCAGACGGUGCACUACAUCGCCGACCACCUGGACCUCUUCGGGCCGCUCAUCGAGGGCGACGUGGGCGAGUUCAUCGUGGCCGCCGCGCAGGACGGCGCCUGGGCCGGCUACCCCGAGCUGCUGGCCAUGGGCCGCAUGCUGAACGUCAACAUCCACCUGACGACGGGCGGCAGGUGGGAGAGCCCCACCGUGUCCACCAUGGUGCACUACCUGGGGCCCGAGGACGCGCUGCGGCCCAGCAUCUGGCUCAGCUGGCUCAGCAACGGGCACUACGACGCGGUGCUGGACCGCUGCUACCCCAACCCGGAGUACGAGCGCUGGUGCCGGCACACGCAGGUGCAGCGGCAGCGCGACGAGGAGCUGGCCAGGGCCAUGGCCGUGUCGCUGUCCAAGAUGUACAUCCAGCAGAACGCGUGCUCGGGAGGCCCCGGGGACGGGGCGGCAAGCGCCGGAACGCCGAGCCGGGUCGCGCACUGGGCGGCCCUCCCAUAGACGUCCCGGGGCUUGUGCUGCCUUCACGUCUCGUCUCGCUUUCCUUUGCCCUGUCUUGGUCUCCGGGCCGGAGGUUGCUGGGCACCUGCGCGUCUCCGGAGAGCUCUGGGCGACCCCACUGCUUCCUUCCGGCCUGCUGAUUCCUCGCCGCGUGGAUCUGGUUCCUUCCCGGCAGUCUAUUUUAUAUAUUAAAAAAAAAAAAAAGAAAUGUAUUUUUGCACAACCUUUUUAAAGACUGGCGGCCCGCCCUCGCGGGAUGCGACGGACGGCUCUCAGACACUGCUCUCCGUGAACUUGCUCUCUGGGACAGACAGGCUUCUGUGGCGGGUGGGCGUUGUCGCGGACAGGGGAAUCUCACCAUCGUGUCCGUGAUUCCGCGUGGACGUGGCUGCGUCCGUGUAUCCGGACGACCCACCCAUUCCUUGUUGACGAGGCAGAUUUGUUGUUACGGAAAUCAUUAUUUUUCUAGAGAUGGUCGGUUUUUUUUUUUUUUUUUAAAGGACUCAAGGGAAGGUGUGGGAAGAUUUUGUUUGUUUUCCUUCAGAGGUAGUGCCGGGUCUUACUUGAAUUAAAGUCUUGAUUUCUGCUGUGGGCGGAGCGCCCGUGAUGGCUGCUCUGGCUGGUGUUCAGUGGAUUGUCUGCCCUCGGUUGCUUUAUCUCCAGCUGUCACUUUGUCACACGAGAAUUUUGACUCCACUUUGUGACCAGAUAAACUUCCUGCUUCCUAGCUUCUUGGAGUCAGCUAAAGGGAUCUGAAAACCAACAUAAAUGCCUGGAGCCAACCCUGGCAGGAAUUUGACAGUCUUAAUAUUGUGUUCAAAAGGCAAGAUAGGAUUUCCCUGUGUUCUGUAAAGACGUCUGUGAACAGAGCUUGUGUGGUUUGCUGGGUCAAACGAUGUUUCCAACCUACACUCUAUCUCAUUGCCACUUUAACUAUUUUUAGUCCUAUUUAUUAAGUAAUGCAGUUUGUACUUUUUUAUUUUGUAACAUUUUGUGAUUUUUUUUGUACAAUACUGUAUUUGUAUGAUAGAGCAAUUCCCAGCUGAUGGAAUGAAUAAAAUGGCAGAAUUUUACUUUUA